CUGGAGUCACGUAUUGGGGCUCCCGUUCUAGUGCAGGACAGACAGCAGAGCAUUCACACCUAUACGUGUGCUCACACACGCACACAACUGUGGGAAGUAUGGAUGGGGUGGUAUGACAGGUGGCCUGGGGAUGCCACGUUACAGCUGAUACAGAAGGAGGAGGAGACACCUGCUGUGCAGAGAAGCAUCCUGGGCAAGCACACGGGGGUCCCAAGGCAGGGGGGAGCUUGGCAGGUGGGAGAAACAGCGGGCGGCCGGUGGUUUGGGGUGAGCAAGAAAGUGCUUUAAAAGGGUUGACAAGGCCUCAGGCCUGCGCAAGGAGCUUGGUCUUUGUUCACUGGGCAGUGGGAACCACAGAAGUCUGAGCAGGAGAGGGACCUGAUCCAAAUGUCGAUGAAAGCGCCUAGCUGUGAGGCUGUAAUGCAUUGACCAGGGUCUGGAAGGGAGUCACCAGAGUCCUGUGGCCAGCUCAGAAUCCCAUCUUACGUGUCCCGUGUCCCCUCUGCAGUGGAUAGCUCCUGCCCAGCCCGCACCCAGUCUGGGAGGUGGUCUUUGGGCACACACCCUAAGCAGGUGGGCCAGUCCCUGAUGUUCCCCUCUACUCCUCUCCAGGUCCCAUGUGUGACCUGCUCUGGUCAGACCCGCAGCCACAGAACGGACGCUCGGUCAGUAAGCGGGGCGUGAGCUGCCAGUUUGGGCCCGAUGUCACCAAGGCCUUCCUGGAGGAGAACCACCUAGACUACAUCAUCCGCAGCCACGAGGUCAAGGCCGAGGGCUAUGAGGUGGCACAUGGCGGCCGCUGCGUCACUGUCUUCUCCGCCCCCAACUACUGUGACCAGAUGGGGAACAAAGCCUCCUACAUCCACCUCCGGGGCUCCGACCUGCGGCCUCAGUUCCACCAGUUCACAGCAGUGCCUCAUCCCGACGUCAAGCCCAUGGCCUAUGCCAGCACGCUACUGCAGCUAGGGAUGAUGUGAGGCCGGCGCACCAGGGUCCCCGCUCCUCGCCCGACUCCAGGCCUGGCCCAGGGCAACGUUGGACCCCCUUUUACUUUGUAAAAUUUGUAUUUAUUCCCCUUUAGGUUUGCAGAGGGGGCGGGGGGCUGCCCAGAGGGUCUGCUCCCCGGACAAAGAAGAAGGAGGUGGAGAGGCUGGGGUCAGGGCACUAUCCGGGCAUUUCGGAGGGAGGUCAGCCAUGGGUGGGGCGGGGCCCAGAGGCUUCCACGCCCCCCUCAUUUGCAUGGCCCCUCCCCUGCUAAAGCAAUAGGGCCCCACCAUAGGAAGACCCCAAAGGAGGGUCAUCAGGGAGGCCUCGCCUGCACCCCCCUCCUGGCAGCCCCAGGGUGGGGCUAGGCUGGGGCUCACCCCCUUCCCCAGCUAUUUUAUGUCUGUAAUUAAAUGUUAAAAUAAAGUCAUUAUUGUAAGUCA